GAUGCAACUGCAUUGGCCACUUUCGUUUAUGGAAAUGUAGUACCAUCCCAGAGCAAAGGUAUAGUCAGCCACCACGGGCAAACGGCAUGGUAGACAGGUUGAGGUUGGAGGCGGAAAGUGGACGGUUAGGAGAUGGAGAGAGAGAGAGAGAGAGAAGGCCCACACGAGGGGAUUAAUACCUUAUCCUUGCUUGCUGUAGGACUGACCUUUAACCUUGGUCUAAAUUAUUCCUAAUCUCUCUGUGCGGUAUUCUUGCUCUGGGAGCGAGAGGAAUCGGAUGCUCGGAGUGAGCUUUCUCGGGUCUGGCGCGAGCUUCUUGUGAAUCGCUCUUCACCAGUGUUCCAGGCAGCAUGUGUUGUGGAUCUUAUCAAACGACAGGUGGUGCCCGACCAUGGCUAUAUACGAUGCUCGUCGUGAUAAUGGUAAUGAAAUUGUCUAUUAUGCAGUGGGGAUUCCUUAGACCGCCAAGUUUAAAUAACAGUCAAAUAACGGGCUUUCCUUCCAACGAUGAGCCAGAGUACUUUUACGAGCUGCAGGCUACUGUCCCUACCAAUUUCACCAUAGAGGAAGAGACCUUCUGCCAACGUCAUCCGGAUAUCGAAGUGAUCACGUACGUACAUUCGGUCAUCAGCCACGUGGAGAAACGAAUGAACACCCGCAGGACCUGGGCCCGCGUCGAGACCUGUGGCAGAGGAGUGAAGUUGGGCGUCGUGUUCGCCGUAGGGCGAUCUAAAACAAAGGAGGAAGAAGAGAUUGUUCGGAGAGAGAGCGAACUCUACCAUGAUAUUGUGCAGGGCGACUACACUGACGACUAUCGUCUCCUUAGUUACAAGGGAUUAUCAUCGCUCCACUGGAUCAAUAAAAAUUGUCCCUCUGUGCCCUGGACUCUUCACGCUGAUGAUGACAUUGUUGUCGAUGUAUUCCUCUUGAAGAACGUAACCGAUACCACCAGCUCCAGCGUAGAGGAUGGAUUCAUCUGCAAACGUCUGGAAGGGCCGGUUAGAAGGUCUGGAAAGUGGGCCGUGCCGCGGCUGCAAUACCCUCAGGAUCAGUACGACACAUAUUGCAAGGGCACGUUUUGGCUCUUGCCUACCAGGAAACUGCAGGACCUCUUGCUUGCUUCCAGCAACGCCACUUUCCUCUGGGUGGACGACGCUUACGUGACGGGAGUCCUUGCGAAGGAGGCCAGCAUCGGCCAUCGAGACUUCAACGAACAGUUUGUCGAGGCCGAGUUUCGCGAGGACCAGGUGGGUAGGAACAUUUCCUGGUACCACUUACCUGAGGAAAAGAGAAUAGAUCUCUGGCACAAGAUUCUAGAACACAACAAUUGCACGUAGUUACUCAGGAAUAAGUUAUUUUCGUAUGGGCUGAUGGUCAGUGCUACCAUUGCUUGUGUAAAGUCUCGCUUGUAAUAUCUGAAUCCAGGGUGUGAGAAUGUCGGAUUACUCAAUUUCUGAAAACAGAGACUAUCAUCAGAUAUUAUUUCCACUUGGCUUUAUGAUAAUACCUUAACAUGGACUAUCUAAAGAUAUCUGGGUAUUUCGUAAUUCUGAUAUAUAAAGUUUAGACGGCUGAGAACGGCACUGUGGUGAAAAGCGCAGUUCAACGACUUAAUAUUCAAGAGACUUUAGUACUUUGGUGUUCAUCUAUAGUACAAGAAUAGUUUGUAGGUUUAACAGAUAACGUUUCUGGUAUGCAAUGUAUCCUGUAGUUAUUAAACGAAUGUCAAUGAGCUAGUUUUUAAAAUAGAAUUUUUAAACUUAAUUGUUCAGAACUACGCUCAAGUUCUUAACACCAAUUAAGAACCAUUUACUAUUUUGAUUUGCUUACUAUUCCAGGGGAAUACACACCAUGUUGAAUGCUAGUUAUGAAACCCUGCAUAUAUGCAGGAAGUCUUGCGUUUUAUGGAACAGUAUGAUCUCAUAAUUUUACGAUGAGAAAAAUACCUCAAAUUAGACUGUGAUAAUUGUUUAAGGUAAUAUAUUAGCUAUGAUCAAAUGGUUCCCAUAGAUUAUGAGUUGACGUUUACGGAGACAAAUAUUCCGGGCAACUUCAGCCCGUGAACAUCCAAGAAAUGGCUGUUGUAAAGGACUCAAAAAGAUGAAAACUUUACUCAACAAAGCAACAAGACUAGAUACUAAAGUAUAAGUUUUCUUUCUGUGAAACCAAAAGUCCAGAUUAUUUCAUAUAUUCAAGAUAAAUUUAACCGAAUGGUUUCGAGCCAUGACAUUACAGUUAAUAUUUUGUUUAGGUAGUUAUGCCGACUGAGCUUAGGGUAAUAAUUUAGUUUUUAUUUACAUGGUGCAGAUAAUAAUUUUUUUUUGAUGUAGCUGAUAUCAAGUAAAAGUUUUCUCUUUGUAGCAUUUUUAUCUUAAAACGUGAUUUAAAGAAAAAAAGUGCUUAGACGGGUAACAAAACUUAAACCUGACUGACUGAAGAGUAUAUGUUUUUUUUAUGCCAGCUCUUCACUAUGAUGUCAGGUGUGUAAUACUUUGCUUGUGUUUCAUUCAAACGUAUUACGGGAAUGAGUGAUUAUGCAGAUUUCGACUUCUUAAUAAGGAUGACUUUUCCACGAUAAUAAUCUUACUCCCUUUUGACAUUUUUUUCAAACCUAUAAUGUAUAGGUAUAUUGUAUGGUAUCUACCCAAAAUAAUUCUUAGUAUUUCAUGCUUUCAAACGUGCAAGAUGAACAUUUUGGUAUUAAGAUGUUUUCAUAACAGGAAAAGCACUGAAUAAUAAACACCGACUCUAUAAUGUGUUACUGUAUUAGGAGAAAUCUCAAAACUAUGAAUAAAAUAUUUUUGUA